CCGUCCCGUCGAGCGGCACGCCACCGCGCCUCCUCCCUGUCCCUGGCCAGCGGCCACCGUCCCGCCUACUACCGCGGUGUUUCUUUCCUCUCCUCCAAGCCAGCGCGCGGCGCCCACCUCCGGCAUCGGCCUUCUCUCCUUUUUAUACCUCCGCCGCGGCGACGCACGCCAGCCAACCUUCGAUUCCCAAUCCUCCCUACCUAUAACCCCCCAAAACUCUCGAAAUCACAGGACGCGGAUCCAAAACUCAGAGGCCCCCCUGUUGUCCUCUCCCCCACCACCACCACCACACCCUGCUGCCUGCCGCCAUGUCGGCGACCGCCACGGACGAGGCCGCGGUGGAGGCGCGCCUCCAGGCGCUGCGGCAGAGGCUCGGGAAGAAGCAGCACUUCGAGGAGGCCGUGAACGAACUCGCCGCCGCCGUCCGGGACCGCUACGCCGGCGCCUCACCCACCCUCCGCAAAUCGAUGUAUUCGACGGUUUGCCGUGUUGCAACAGUGCUCCAAACCAGAUAUACAGCUCCGGGGUUCUGGCGUGCUGGUCUGAACCUCUUCAUGGGAACAGAGAAGCUGGUAAGCAAUCCUGCUGAAAAGGAGCACCUGAAGACCUGCAUUUCAAGGGCCCGUGAGCAUCUUGAUGAAAAAGAAAAUGAGGAUUCCAUGCCAAGCAGCAGAGAAGCAGACACCAGAUUUCUUUUUGAAGGGCACCUUACUGUGGGACAGGAACCUCCACCUCCAGCAUGGCUUGUUGCCCAGAAUUUAACACGGGAAUUGAGCAUACUAACUGAAUCCUCUGGAGAUCAAGAUGGGAACAGCAAUAGAACAGUGCCUAGAGCCGAGGAGAUUACACCUGCUAUAAUGAACCUUCUAGAAUCCAUAUCAGGCGACAGGGAUCUAGAAACUGCUUUGGAAGAAUCACUGCAGGGAAUCAUUGAGCAUCCACCAAGAGCACCCCCGGCUUCAAAGGAAGUUGUUGCCAAUCUACCUGUCAUUGCUGUUACCGAGGAAGUCAUCGCUAGAUUGGGCAGUGAGACGGAGUGUGCUGUCUGCCGUGAAAACUUGGUUGUGGAUGACAAGAUGCAGGAGCUUCCUUGCAAGCAUCUCUUCCAUCCUCCUUGUCUGAAGCCAUGGCUGGAUGAGAACAACUCCUGUCCUAUCUGUCGGCAUGAGCUGAGGACGGAUGACCAUGUGUAUGAGAGCAGGAAGGAGCGUGAAAAGGAGGAGGAAGAAGAUAGAAGGGGUGCGGCAAAUGCUGUCAGGGGUGGGGAAUUCAUGUAUAUCUGAACUCAACAGUACCAUAAUGUAAUCCCUUUGAUGAACUUUGUGAUUCUCUGACGCAUUACAAUUGUACACCUCUUGUUCUCCACAAAUACUAUGUAUGUCGCUUAUUACCUCUGAUCUGUACUAUGUGCUGUCUGUGUUUUCUUUUA